AUGGAUCUCCUCUUCGUACGCAUCAAGCCUCUUCUGGACCAUGUACCGCUUCUGAGAAAGGCUCUGAGCCUUCUCACGGGGGCCGAGAGUCACGCCGAUACGAAGCCAGCUGGCUCCACAGCAGACAGGCCACCACCGGCUCAUUUCGUCGGCAAAUGCCAUCGCCUCGAGCCACAGGUUACGGCUGAGGUCGACGGGUACUUUAUCAAAAACUGGCCGUUUCCAAGCGGGAAAGCCAUCCAGAAGUUUCGCGAUGCUGGAUUCAGCCGCGUCACCUGCUGCUAUUACCCCGAGGCUCUGGACGACAGGAUCCACUUCGCAUGCAGGCUGUUGACUCUGCUUUUUCUGAUAGAUGACCUCCUCGAGGACAUGUCAUUUGAGGAGGGCAAAGCCUACAACGAAAGGCUGAUGCCCAUCUCCCGAGGCGACGUUAAGCCUGACCCCAAUGUUCCUGUCGAAUGGAUCACGUAUGAUUUGUGGGAGAGCAUGAGAGCGCAUGACCGACAUUUGGCGGACGAGAUCCUGGAGCCCGUGUUCACAUUCAUGCGCGCUCAAACCGAUCCGCGACGCCAACACAUCACCCGUCUCGGCGACUAUCUCGAAUACCGCGAGAGAGACGUUGGUAAAGCGCUGCUUUCUGCACUAAUGCGCUUCGUGAUGAAGCUAGAGCUCGAGGCGUACGAGCUUGACCUUGUCAAACCCGUGGAUCUCAACUGUUCGAAGCACAUCUCGGUGGUUAACGACAUCUACAGCUGGGAAAAGGAAUUGAAACAAUCUCAGCGAUCUGAUAAGGAAGGUUCAGUACUUUGUUCCUCAGUGCAAGUCAUGGCCACUGAGGCAAAUGUCUCUCUUAACGCUGCAAAGAGGAUUUUGUGGGUCAUGUGCCGGGAAUGGGAGCUUUGCCAUAAUAGUGAAGUUGACAAACUGCGCGGUUGCAGGCCGGCUAUUUUGAUGUACUGCAAGGGGCUGGAAUACCAGAUGAGCGAGUUCAUCAGCUUCUACUGGGUUUUCUGA